AUGUCCCUUCUCGAUUCCCACCUUGAACAGAUCGCAUUGUCCUCCAAUGCGAUCGCGGAACUGCCGUUCCCUAGGCCCCGCAUCUUCACAAACGCGUUACUGGGCUCUCAUGAUAUCACCGCCUUAAUCCGGGACACCGAAGCCCAUGAACGAGCCCUGUUUCAAGUAGAUCCAUCUGCUAAGGCUCAUGGGUCACGGCGUGCGACACGACGCGGGACAACCUUCUCCGCCGAGUCCGAGAACGAAUCCAUGGCCACUCGAAUCUACACCGCACGAAACAAUCGCAGCCAGUCGGCAGUAGCGCGUGUAUUAGGAUCGGACAUGAUGGAAGAGAUCAAACGGUCUACAGGCACAUCCACUCGGGGGCCUCGGGGGGAGGUAAACAUUGAAGUUCUACUUCGCGGUGCGGAGAUUCUAUGCAACGUCUAUCCUGUUCCGGGAGCACAGGAAAAAAUUGCCAACUUGCGCUACCGCCACGAAAUGAUUGCCGAGUCUGUGGCCCGAUUGGAAGACCGCGUUGCUAAAAAUACCGCUGAACUAGAGCAGAUACGCUCCUCCUAUGAUGACGAAGAUGAUUUUUCCCCUGCAGUUGUAACGCAGCCAGAUGUACCCGGUGUUACCGAUGAGGAAAUCGAGCAAGAGCUAGCCGAGAUCAGAGACUUGGAACGAAGGAAGCGAGUCCUGGAGGAUCGUGUCACCGGUAUGGAGCGGGACCUUGGCGGUCUUAUGGGCUGA